AUGGCCUCGGCGAACGCCUUCCUCCCCUGCCGCUGCUCGGCGCACCCCCUCUCCGACCGUCGAUCGCGCCGCCUUCCUCGUCCGGGAGCCUUCGGGGAGGCGGCUCAACUCGCGGUUUUUCGGAUCUCCCCUGACCGUCGCGGAGAUGCCCGGACUGAUGUCGCCGGGAAGCCCCCGAGGUGAGGCCGGCGGCCGACCUUAUCUCAUUUGUCUCGAAUGCGUUUGGCUCAGAAUUCCUGUGGUCGGAUCGGAAUUCCGCUUCUCGGAUGAUUUACUGUGUCGAAUAUGCCCCGCGUUGACCUUGAGUGGAAUGCGUACUUGGUACGACGCGAGUCUUCCAUUUUGUUCGAAAUGGAAUGCUUGAUCUACUCUGAACAAGGGAAGGGAUACUUCGACCGAUAAACGUCGUCCAGAUGUUCUUGUACUGAUAUUGUUUUGUUUUCUUGGUUCUCCGUUCGGUCCGUACUGACUCGGAGUUUCGGAUAAACAUCACGGCCAUCGGUUUGAUGUACCUCGCUUUUUGUACGUUAGGUAUUAUUUUCAUGCUUAUGUAGCGAGGGAUCCUCGGUAUGAUGACGGAGUCAGUGGAAUAGUUGUGAGGUCCUGUGACAUUUCCGAUUCGCGAUGACGAUAGAUUCAACUUUAAACAGUCAAACUGAUAGCCUUUCUUCAAGUAUGCAAUUAAUGACACUCGGCGACUUGUCGUUGUCGAAGUUAACUAGAUGAAUCAGUUUUAAAUGUUUUAGCAGAUGUAGCAAUUUCCCCCUAUAGAUAUAGUUUAGCACGCAUUUAUUGUUAGUUGCAGUUAGACGGCGUCAGUUUCGGUACACUUUUGUGAUUUUUCGUCAGAUCAUUGUGCCUUUGCAUUUUAUUCAGAUUAUGCUUCGAGUUUCGCGUGAUGAAAUAUCGCGGAAACUAUGACGAAUUGUAUUUUUUUCAUACGCUGUCGUUGCUUUUAUCCAGUUCAGCUUCCUUUAGCUGUAACAGAUUUAAAAUCAUCUUUAUGCUUCAUUUUUAGGUCUUUCCUGUUUACCAUGUCAUAUCGGUUUUGGUGUUAGGGCUCGAAUAUUUCCAGUCCAGUUACUAUGAAUCUUCUUAUCAGUAUUUUAGUUUGAGUCAUUCAUCAUUCCAAAUUGGUAGGAGCUUUCACGCGUCAGAGUAGAUUUCGUUGCUAGUUCGGAUUGAAAUGUAGUACUUGGUUUUUUAUUUUAAUUUUUCCCACAUUCUCAAAUAUUUCAGUUUUGCUCGUAUAACUGUAGAGCAUUUCUCGAUCUGAAUGCUCUCCAGAAAUACGAUCUUACUCUAAUGAUUUAAAAUAGAGUAUCCACACCGAGAAAAAUAGAGUGGGCUUGUAUCUUUUUGUUUCUACUUUUCCUGAAAUGUAAUGUUUUAUUUUUUGUUUUAAGUUGGUUCAUCAUAAGUUAUAUUUUUGCUAAUUGAUUCUGAUUUGAACAAGGCAAUUUCGUACUACAUGUUCGUCGAUGCCGAGGGAGAUUUUGUGUUUGAUUAGGUGUUCAUCAAGUACAUGGGACCUUCGAUUUUACCCGUAUCUAUCAACCCUUGUUUCUCUUUAUUUAUGCUAGCGGAUUAUGUUUGUUUUUCAUGUUAAUGACAUCAAUUAUGCAUUCAGUUACUUUGAGAUUAGCGUAACCUGAAUCUUCAAGGAAUCUGCUCUGCCAACACUAAUUGAUUCUUCAAGUGUAUUUUCAUAAAAAAAUCGUAUGCUAAGAAUUGUGUGUCAGGUUAGUUGUUCAUGUUUGUGAUAUCAAAAUUGUGUAUCACCCAUUUAAAUAUGAAUAUUCUUUUUCCUCUCUUUCGUUGGUGCUGUAGGAGGAUGCCUCUAUUUUCUAUUAGUGCGACCGUUAUAGGGGGAUCUUCUUCACAGGUCAGUGGUGUUUUGGUCGUCAAUACUUUCUUUGGCAUACAUAUUUGGCCAUAUCGUGUCGGAAUGUCCUCUGACAAAGCUAUCUUUUGGCGAAGGGCUGAUCAGGAUGCUGAUUCUGUUCCUAAUCCUAUUGUGCUUAUUGACCAAUAUGGUGAUACGAAUGCAACUGUUGUAGAAGUGAGUUUUGGGGAUCGUUUGGGUGCCCUUGUUGACACAGUAAGCUGAAUCUGACCUUGCUUAUAUAAUCCCAGAUUUUUUCUCUUCUUUUGGCUUAAGUUACUGUACCUGAAGGAUAGAACCCUCUUCGAGUUUACUCUGCUAGAAAAUGUCAGGGGAGGAAUCUUGCAUAUGACAUGAUACUUGUUUUCUCUUUUAAGUGAUCUAGAGCAUGCUCUUAUCUGAAUGAUGUCAAUUAUGGAUGAUAUCUACUAUUAGUCGGUUGUAUAGGGAAAUUUGCAAAAAUUAUGGUUGACACAUUUUCCUUGGAUCUCCUCUCUUGUUUUCAUCCUGGUUUGUGGUGAUUAAAAUAACCAUUGUCAUACUUGGUGUAUUUUGAUAUUUUUAAUUCUACAGAUGAGGGCAUUGAAAGAUCUGGGGUUGCAUGUGACGAAAGGAACUGUCACAACCGAGUCUUCAGUAAUUAAAACAAAAUUUUUCAUUACACGCUCGUAAGUCCUUGGUCGAUUCUUAAAUGAAUGGAUAAUGUUUGCGUGUAUAUAUAUCCUUGAUUUUUUUUUGUCUUUGAUGUUCAGCAAACCUUGUGGCUUUUUCGUCUUAUUUGAUGACAAAUGUUCGUGUCUUACUUGAUUUUUUAUCAUUUUUUUAUUUGGAGCUUAUAUUUUGUUAUUAUAACAUUUUCAUUUCUGUGUUUUUUUUAAAGAAACUUAUCUUAUCUUUCUGAUAAACUUGAGAUAAUUUCUUUUUAUAUUAUUGGGCCUAUAGGUGGAUUCGGUUUUCAGGGUUAGAAUUCGGAUACCAGCCUACACUAAUGGAAGUUAAUAUUAAUCAUAUCCACUGAAGAUGAGUGUUAAUAUCUUUAAUCUCGUGCAAGGGAAUAGUGCAAUUUAUACUUCUCUUGUAUAUGUUAGCUCUGUUGUUGAUGGUGCACCAUCAGCUAAAAUUGUACAGUGAUUUUAAUCCUCUGAAUGUAUCUUAUUAAUAGCAUUGUCAUCCGUUUCGGCAUAUUUAAGUGUCAGUGUGUUUUGAACUAUUGUUUUAAGCAUUUCUUGUAUGUAAUGUUGAAAGAACCGAUAAGUACGAGAUGUAUCAUUUUAUUCAUUUUAUGAACUUAACGUACACGACAGGGGCCGUAAAGUUGAGAAUCCAGAUAUGUUAGAGAGGAUUCGCCUCACAAUAAUCAACAACUUGCUCAAGUAUCACCCGGUAUGGCUAAAAAAAUCAUUUACUACUGAUGAGGAUGUACUUCCAUAUCUCGAGUUUGACAUGUUCUCUCCCCAGGAAUCCAGUGAAAAGUUGGCAAUGGGUGAGGCGUUUGGAAUAAAACCACCAGAGAAGAAGGUUCAACCCGCUUGAUACUUCAUGUGUCUACGCUCUUGAUAUUACUUCAUGCUCUGCAUUUUUUUUUCACUCAAAUGGCAUGGGCCUAAAAUUCAGAAGACAGUAUCCGAGUUCUAGAAGUUCAUAUCUUUCGACAUUGCAAUCAUGUGACUCACUUAGCUGGAUGUACGGAUUAGCAUGCUGACGAUUGAAUUUCAUGACUUAAAAAAGUUGAAUAUUCCCUGUACUGUCUUUUCAAAAGGGAAUCUUCGAGUGUUCAGAACAAAUUUUUUAUGAUCAAAGAAAAAUCUUGCCAAAUGUUGUCACGUUUAUGUUGCUCGAAGCUCACAUUUGAUUUGAUGAAUUUUAUGUUAUUUGGCACCAUGAGAAUCUCAUCCAAAAUUUGUGGAGCGUUUUAAUAGAUUAUGCAUUAUAUAUAGAAAGAGAGGUACUUACCUAUGUGUUGUUUUUUCAGUUAGGCCCGUCUAUGAAUGAAGAUAAAACGGAAGAUAAUACUUGUUUCUUCGAAUUAGGAGAUUGAGCUCCAUAUGCAUCCUAAACUGUUUAGGGGAAGCGAUAAUGCAAAUCGCCGUCCCAGUGGGGAAGGAUAUAUUCCCAAAAAUACAUCCCAUCUGAUCUCACGUUAAGGAAUGACCUUUAUACGGACCAAGGGAAUAAUUUCCCAAUUAUUAUUUUUUAUUUUUCAACAGAACCUAAUUAUUAUAGGCUCCAUUUUUGCCAAUACUAUCCCACGUUUAUUGAGGAGACUAAUGGAAUGUUACAGGUUUGGUGUUUUACUAACGAAUUCUUUGCAUGAUUUUUCUGUCAAAUAGGAUGCAAGAAAGUGCUUCUCAAACUAAAUAAAAGAAGAACCGAGUCUUAGAGGCGAACAUGAGUCGCAUAAGUCCAGUCAAACCAUUAAAUUUCUCUUAUAUUGAAGAGUUGUGAUCAUGAAAUUCCUCUAUACUCUUUAGCGACCAACACCAUUCUCCAACAUACAGCCAUGAUUUGUCUAUCCAAACCCUAAGUGAAAAUUUUAUCUUUUGUAAUGGAUGACUUUCUUUCCAACGAAGAUCUCUUACACGGAUUCUGAUUUAUUGAUCUAAUUUCAGCUUGAUGUUGAUAUCGCGACACACAUACAUGUCCAGGAAGACGGUCCAAAGAGAAGGUAUACUCUGUUGGCAUCAUAUUGUCUUUGGGUCAUGCCUCUCUGUGUAUCUAUGCUGUUGAUAUAAUUCACAAGGGAAGAUCCCGGAGGGAAAAAUGAAAAUCACUAAUACUGAAAAUGACUUCUUGCAAUUGUUUUAUGCAUGCUUCUCCGCAGUAUGAUCAUUUUUUUCUAGCUCUUUCUUGGACAAUUCUGUGUUUGACUCUGACCUCCCAAAGUUCACGACCAAAAUUUCUAAUUACACCUACGUCACAGCUGAUAGAAACCUCAGUUUUAAAUUCGAUCUGAAUUCUUCACUGUCGCCAUGAUGUUCAUAUCCACCCUGGUUUAUUUUUAUUGGGACGUAUCCUGAAUUAAACUUUGCAGACGUAAUGCCCCUUUCAUUUCAUCGAAUGUGGUCCUGACGUCUAUGUUCCAUUUCAUUACACAAUUAAUUAUCUGUCCACAACGACAUUCUUUACCUUUCUUCGGCCUCUGUCGUUCCGUAAAUCAUAUGAAUGGGUUCUGGGACAUGACCAUCUCCUUAGGUAAUUAGGUCAGCAUGUUAUUGCUUUCAGCCUUGCAAAAUAUCAAUAUCAAUAAAAAAAUGAGAGAAAAAUGCCAUUGCUUUCCAGCGUGCUGUACAUCGAGACAGCUGAUCAUCCCGGCCUUCUCAUGGACAUCAUCAAAAUCAUGGUGGACAUCAACAUAAAUGUCGAAUCGGCGGAAAUCGACACAGAAGUAUGCCGUCAUUGUUUUGAUCUUAGCGCUUUUGAGGUUCACUUAUCAAUCAUUGCCCUUGGAUCAACAGGGUCUAGUUGCCAAGGACAAAUUUCACGUCAGUUACCGAGGUGCAGCAUUGAACAGUUCUCUGUCCCAGGUAAUUCCUUCAAGUCCCCGCAACGCAUGAAACCCGAACGAUUAUCCCCGCAUUCCGGCAUCCCAUUUUCGCCAGCGGCCCUGUAGAACAUGCCCGUCAUAUCUAAUGCACAAGUUUGGAAUUAUUGGCCAUAUAUUUGUCUUCCAGGAUACCAUGUUUCUUCACCGGUUUCUCAAUCUUAUUGGGACUUGCGUUUUUGCGCAUCCUCUGCAAGAAGGUCAAACCAUGUGGGUUGGUUGGUCAGAUCAAUAUAUCCUUUUGUAUUCUUUUAUCUGCAUUCUUUUUAUGGAUCUGGAGAUCGGAUACCCAGACAAAUUCUCCCAAAAUGAACUGGGAACCAGCCUUCGCUCUCUCUCUCUCUCUCUCUCUCUCUCCCCCCCUUCUUCUUCUUCUUUUUGAUUACUCUCAACUGAUCUGAUCCCCCUCCAGUGCUCAGAUCAUGCUCUCAGUCACUAUGCCUCGUUCAGUCUCAACCCAUUUAAAUAUUGGAUUUUUGAGGUCUCCGCUUAUCAUCUAUCACUGUGCAGGUACUCAUAAACUGCCUGCGCUACCAUUUCCGAAAGCCUGAAACAGAGGAGGAGAGCUACUGA